AUGCCGAAGGUCUUGUCGCUAAUUGAAUAUCAGAAGCCUAUCCAAGCGCGCGAGCUCAUCCCAGGAAGCACAGAAGGGCAAACUCUUGCUAGCAAUGUUCCCCUCAGUUUCUGGGGAGGCGUUGACCCCGAGACCGGCGUCGUGAUUGACAGUCAUCAUCCCUUGGUCGGGAAAUCGGUCGCUGGCAAGAUUCUUGCCAUUCCAAGUGGUCGCGGAUCUUGCACCGGAAGUGGUGUCAUUCUUCAAUUGAUCCUCAAUGACUACGCGCCACUUGCUCUCAUAUUCGGCCGGGAGGAGAUGAUUCUAACCAUUGGGGUUCUUGUCGCCCAGGAAAUGUUCGGCAAGAGUAUUCCUGUUCUGAAUGUUCCGAUGUCUUCAUUAAACCAACUUCAAGACAUCAACUGGGCUCGAAUUUCAGGCGGCCAGAUAUCUUUUGGAGUAGCCACAGAUGACUCAGGGCUAGAGACGUCUUUGAAACAAUCUGAUUGCAAGCUUGAUACUCCGUCGCUACAUCUGACUCCUUUCGACCAAGAAUUGCUGGAUGGCUUGCAUGGAAGAGCGGCGCAGAUUGCAAUGCGAGUAAUUAUUCGGACAGCACAGAUUGAAGGCGUGACUUCGCUCAUUGACAUCACCAACGGACACAUUGAUUGCUGCAUCUACACGGGACCCGCAACUUUAGAAUUUGCACAAAGACUAUGCGACAUGGGAGGAAGAUUCAGAAUUCCGACAUCAUUGAACUCGAUCUCUGUCGACCAAAGGCUAUGGCGCUCUCAAGGGGUUGAUCCGGCGCUUGGAGAGCCUUCCGAGGAGUUGGCGCGUGCUUACCUAGAGAUGGGAGCUCGGCCGACAUUCACCUGCGCCCCAUAUCUCCUCGAGGAAGCCCCAAAAUUGGGAGAAAAUAUUAUUUGGGCCGAGUCAAAUGCCGUGGUAUUUGCGAAUAGCGUUCUUGGGGCAAGGACCAUCAAAUGCCCGGAUUAUCUGGAUGUGAUGUGUGCCUUGACUGGUCAAUGGAAGUUCACUUUGCAUCUGCCGAGGGGGGCUGAUGAUACUCUUUUUCCACUUCUCGGAUACCUUGUUGGAGACAUCGCUGCCGAGUGCAUUCCCAUUGUGACUGGGCUUGAAAAGCAGGGUAUCACGACCGAGGACCUAAAGGCAUUUGGAGCUGCCUUUGCUACUACAAGCUCCUCCCCAAUGUUUCACAUUGCCGGAAUCACGAUAGAAGCACGCAGUACCGAGGAGAUUCAAUACCACUUGAAAGAUACAACACGGGUUACAAUAACACGAUCGGAUUUAGUUAAGCAAUGGUAUCGAUUCAACGACUACAGCGAGGGACACAGCGAUGAUCACAUCGAUUUAGUCUCAUUAGGCAAUCCUCAUUUCUCGUAUGACGAGAUUGUGAAAGCCGUCAACCUCUGUUCGGGUCGCAAGAAGAGCGAGCGAGCUACUAUGGUGAUUACAUGCAAUCGAGAUACAUACUCUCGAGCAGCCCGGGACGGCCACAUUUCUGCACUGGAAGAUUUCGGGGCCCUGAUAAUUACUGAUACCUGCUGGUGCAUGAUUCAAGAGCCAGUUAUUCCCCCGGAUCACGAACAAUUAUCACAAACUCGGCCAAAUAUGCCCACUAUGGGAAAGGAUUGA